GUUUGCUAAUUAAUUCUAUGGCAACAAAUUAAAUAUACAAAAUAUGGCGCCCUCAAAGUUUGAGCGCGCAGCUGCCAGAAAUCGAUUUACUGUUAAAAAAUCAUUUUAGUUCGAUAAAAAUAUCCAAAAUGCCAGACACAAUAAUAGAAAAUGUUCUUACUGAUAAGUUAGACGCCACUUUGCUUUUAAAGUGGCUAAACAAUGAAUCUUUGGAGGACACACCUGACGACUGUAUAUUGAAUUGCUGCAACAGAAAUGAAUUUGUGACCUGUUUUUUGUCUUAUUUAAGGAACCAGACCGAUAGCAUACUACAAACAAACAGCAAUGCAGUACAAAUACUCCAGCACAGCACUCCGGAGAAGUUACUCAGUACUAGGCGUAAACACAGGCGGUCCAUCAGUGACCCCACCAGCGAAGAUCGAACCAUGGACAGUCUCACAGUAAAGUCAGACCGCCAGCGAAGCCAUGAGUCACCCAGCAAAGACCGUAAAAGAACAGGCAGGAGAGUCAAAACAAAACUAUUCACAGACGAAAAGAGUGUCAACCAAUCAGUCUCCUCAGAUGAGUCACGAAUAAGCAUCGGAGUCGAUCGACUUGCCUUGACUAGUACCCCAAUGAAAAAUGGUAUAAAACCAUCAGAAUACCCAAAUUUGCCGCUUACUAGUCCGGUCACACCAAGGAGUUUUGUCAAAGAUCAGUACGAAAGAUGUGAUACGCCUAGGCUGAGUCACAGACAUUCUAGGUCUCAAGAAAAAAGCUGUUUAGGUGACUAUAUGGUUGUAGCUCAAAAAAGUUCCAAAAAGAAGAAGGGACGGAUAUCUUCGGAUAAUGAUGAGAGUAAAGUUGAAUUAGAUUUGACGAAUUCUGAAAUGUUUCCUGAAAUUGGAGCUAGAAAAGCCAGUUCCUUACGGUCUGAGAAACGUAGGAUUAAACCUACUAAUAUAGACAAAUCCCAGAAAAGUGUGUCUCUAAACAGUUUCAGUAUGGAAUCGAUUCAGACAUCUCCGUUACAUCUUGAAGAAAACUCUGCAUUUAAACACCAGAGGGUGCAACUCAAAGAAAGUAGCAAUUUCGAAGCCGAACGCAACAUUCUAAAGCAAGAACGUCACAAAUUAAUGGAAAAGUUCAAUAUAUUAAACACUUCGUUACCUCAAAAAACAAUACCUACUCCACAGAUCAAAAUAACUCAGAAAAAGACGAUCAAACCUCAAAAUUAUAUCAAAAGUGACGUCACAAAGAUACAAUACAAAGAAAAACUGGACUUGCUUGUGGAAAUAUAUGAGUCUUUAUUAAGGAACAAUUUAAUUAUGAGUCUGAAUACAGAGAUAUAUUUUCUUAUAUCAAUUUUGAUAUCGAAGCAGUUUGAAGAUGAUUUUGUUUUAGCCGAUAAUAAAUUGAAAGCGGCUGAUAUGGGGUUCCUGUUGAAGACUAUACAUAACAGCACAUACUUUGCGGUCAAGUCGUUAUGGCAUCAACGGGUCAUUCUCGAAGUUAUAUUGGAUAAAAGUGCUUUGAAAACUUUAGGUGAAAACAAAAAGAUCAGAAGUUUCUACCCAGACCUAGCCAAGUUCUUGCUAAACUGUUACGGUCUGAGAUGCGAGGCCGAGACCAACCAAGACAGGUCUCGCCAGACCGAGACCAGGUCUAACGGGGUGGUCUGCUUCAACCUAGAGACGGACAAUGCUGAUAAUUUCCCUUCGAUGCUCAGCUUUCAGAAUUUUAAAAAGCAACGGGAUAUGUUUUAUGAUAUUUUGAGAUGGUACCAAGACAGCCAGACCUCCGGUUCCUCUCGAUCCUCGCUGCGCGCCCGUGUGAAGGCUCUACUGGCCUGCAGUACUUCACCCUCAAACCACAGACAUCUGGCUUCGCUGUUCACACUACACAUGCUGGCUCACUGCCUGCCGGCUAGCGCUCAGGAGUCCAAGCUGAGUAAGUUACAACGUCGCCUGACGUGUCCCACCGCGCCCGAGUCACAUCGACUGCCGCACUUCACCGAUCAGGAGACCUUUUACAAAGAGUUCAUAAUAAAUGCUGAGAAUGAGGCAUUUAGAGCACAUUUACGAGAUUCCAUAGCGAAUGAGAUCAUGACGCUCGACUCCACGCAUAUAGCUACGGAUGACAGAGGGAACUUCAACGCCGAAGUGACAUCGCAAUAUCUAACUCUAUCAAAAAAGUUAGCACUACUAUCGAAAUUCCUGGGUUUGUUAGCCGCUCUACCUUACACCCAAGUAGUGUCAGAACUAAGUAGUAAAGGACCGAAGGUAGUGCAUAAGGAGAAUUGCUACGCAGCGCCGAAGGAAAAGGUUCUUGAAAAUGAUUUGGCUUUGAGGAAUUAUAGUCAACCAACGAUGGAUUUAAAAAGCAUAUUAAUCAAUGCAAUUGAAUCGGGGCGUUUAUCGAUAACCAUACCGUGGAUAGUCCACUAUCUCUCGAUGUUAGACUACACAUCACUACGAAUCAAAUACUACCAGAACUUACUAAAAAUCCUAUUCGAUAUAUACUCGAAUCGACUAAAAUUAGAAAAUAGUAACUUAAAGAAAAACACAACUAUAUAUUUAAAAUCAAUGCUAGGCUGGCUUUUUGAUCUACCUCACUUUCCACACGAAUCGUUUUACGAGAAUCGACUAAGCACUAGUGUUGGGGUUGAAUCGAAUAUCGAUAGUUGCGAUUUGAUCGAUGAGUCGGUGAUUAUAGAGUUGUGCCCGCAUUUGAGGGAUUUGAAUGUGUUGUUGUCGACAUGUCGGGUGUCGCAGGAACAGAAAGAGAUGGGUAGCUAUCGACAUAUAACACCUGUCAGCUUAACUCUGAAUCCAGAAGAUAGGAUUAAGAAUAAGGAGAAAGAAAUUCAGGCACGUCUAGAAGAAGAACUACUUAAGAGUCAGCCGUCAUCGACACGCCGAGUUCUAGAAUUAGUUAUUGAGCGUGUGACCUCAGCCUGUGUGAGAGAGUUGAGUGGACAACUGCUUACUGAACAUCGGCAGAGAGCUAGCAGCCUGGCUGCCAAGCUUGUGGCCACGUCGCAACUGGACCAGCCGUCGCUGCUAGCGGGCGUGCAGGCCGUGUACUCGUCGCAGCUGUCGUGCCUGCAGUCGCGCGGGCUGGCGGCGGGGCAGGCGUCGCUGCGCGCGCGCGGCGCGGCGGCGGUGCGCGCGCUGCUGGCGGGCGCGCCGCCGCCGCUCGUGGCGCUGGUGCAGCGCGCCGCCCGCGCCCGGCUGCAGCGCUGGCUGGCCGACAACUGGAACACUACCGCGGUGCUAUGCAAGGACAUAGAAGCUGAGAUGAAGACUUUCCUGGCUCUCGGCGAGCUGGCGACGGUGACCACUCAGAAAACCACAGUCGAUGUGACAGCUAUGACCACGCCCGACCACGUAUUCUACUCGGUCAAUGUCAGUCCGGCUACCUGUAUUAUAAAUUUAAAGGAACAGCUAUGUCAAUUACUAUCAUUUGAAGAAUACAACUCGCAACAGCUGUUCAGUACACUAUCAGCUUGUUCCGUCGCCUGCUCCCCCUCGAACGUCUUCGGGAGGGGGGCGACACAGCGAGCCAUACUGCAGCUGAGCGUCGACCUGUGCGUCGUGUUCGUGAGUCGUCGCCCAUCGGACGUCACGGAUGCUUUCCUCUCAUCGCUGGACGCGAUCUGGCGCGUCUGUUGUCCGGACAGACGUCGUGCUACGUCCGACGUCAUGGACGUGUUGCCCGAACGCCGGGAGAUAUCGCCACAGUUCAGGAACUUUGAUGAAGAUGAACAGGUCAAAACCCCAGUAUCUGACGACGAACAACCAACACAACCGCAACCGUCUCCAACCAACAUAGUUAUCUCACAACCGGAGCAACAUGACAAGCCAGAGAGGAUAGAAUUAGAAGAUAGUGAUGUGAACUUGGACUUUUUCAACCGUAUCUUGUGCCCAAGGAACAUAAUGGUGUUAAGUGUCGGUAAUAGUGAUGUGUGGCAAGCCAUGGCUACUGUGCUAGUGUUUUUAUUGACUAAUGAUUAUUUAAGUGAGGAUUCUUUGACUGAGCAGUGCUUAGCUGUGUACAGACAGGAUUGGUCUCAGAAUGUUCUGGAGAGUUUAUCGACUUGCAUGAAGUCGGUAUCGGCGCGUUGGUCGCGGUCUUCCACUGGCAAGUUCACGUUGUUCCUAGAUUUUCUAGCUGAGUACUGCGGCGAUAUGGAUUAUGAGCCUCUAGAGUAAUCACCGAGGUAUCUAAGUGGUGAUUAGUGAAGAAUCUACGGUAAUCUGAUCUUUGAUGUUCGAUGUUAUGUUGCGAUAUUGAAGACUAUGAACCUUUUGCGUAAAUCACCGGGUUAUCUAUCUGGUGAUUAGUAUAACCUUUCAUUUGUACUCGCAGAUGUUAGAUGAUAUUGUGGUGAGAUGAAUUACAAGCGUUUGAAAUAAUCACCAAGCCAUCUUAGUUAUGGAUACCAUAACACUGUCUAAUUUCGGAAUUGACUGGAUUUGAAGAUGGGACAAUAAUUUCACCAAUGUUGUGAUUAAUAAUGGAAACUGGAAUUGUGAUGACUUAACGACUUGCAAAAGUUAGUUAAAUGUGCUUUUUGAGAUAUCACCCAUCUAAAGGCAAACCGCGGCGAGCGCUGCUUAAAUAUGAAGACGUCUAUACAGCUUGUACUUAGCCUGUGUGUGGUGAUUAGUAAUAAAUGUUUAUAACACCAA